CAAUGAGGGGAUUGCCAGGUUGAGUAUUGCGCCUCAUAAAAUCAUUGGAGUUCUUCAUUCUGACUUUUCUCGUCGUUCCUUAGAAGAGAGCUGUCCGUUAAUCAUGGAAUCCGGUCGGCCAGCUUUUGCGCAGCGUCAUGAGCGGACGGAGGAGGAGCGCGAUCUCGUUCGAAGGCUCGAUAUCUUCCUAAUGACAUUUGGAUGCGUGUCUCAAGUUAUCAAGUACCUUGACCAGCAGAACAUCAGCAAUGCCUACGUAUCGGGGAUGAAGGAAGAUCUUGCCUUAAAUGGCAAUGAGCUCAACUAUUUCACCACGUACUUCAGCGUCGCGUAUUGUAUCAUGUUAAUCCCAUCGCAGAUUAUCAUGACAUACGUACGGCCGAGUUACUGGUUAUCCGGGUUGGAAAUAAUUUGGGGCUUGAUAACAGGACUGAUCGCUCUCGCUCAUAAUGCGAAGCAAGUGUACAUCCUCCGCGUCUUUCUUGGACUCUGCGAGAGUUCAGCUUGGCCGGGUAUGAUGACGCUAUUCAUGCAUUGGUACACGCCUUCGGAACUCGCAAAGAGAAUGGGAUUCUACCACUCUUGCCAAGCGAUAGGUUCAAUGAUGUCAGGUGCGCUACAAGUCGCAAUUAUCAAUACUCUACAUAACGCAAGUGGCUUGGCUGGAUGGCGCUGGUUGUUCGUCAUAAACGGGGUAAUGACCGUCGUUUGGGGCGCACUGGGAUUUUUCCUGUUACCUGAUCUGCCCAACCGAGUGAAUCCUAGGGCUUUCUGGUUCAAGAACGGCCACGGUAAACUUGCGAUGGAACGCCUAGAACGCCAUGGACGCGCCGAACCAAAGAGGAUAACUUGGGCUGGUGCUAGACGUACUGCUGUUAACUGGGUAACAUACUUCAUCGCGAUUAUGUAUAUCGCGACUGUGCUGGCGCCUUGGGGAUACGCCUACUUCAAUCUCUUUUUGAAGAGUCUCAAAAAUCCCGAUGGAACACCCACGUGGACUACAUCCCAAGUGAAUGCAAUCCCGAUCGGCGGUGGCGCUAUCAACGUUGUCUUCGUUUGGGUUUGGGCUAUCCUCUCUGACCUUCUGAGGACGCGAUGGAUCUUGAUUGUAGCACAAGCUGUCAUCGGCCUUGUACCAUGUAUCGCGAUGAGUAUCUGGACAUCGCACCCCGAUACUACGCCAUUAGCAACUGCCUACGCUAGCUACUUCAUAUCUUACCUGACUCUGGGUACUGCUCCCCUGAUUAUGGCAUGGCUUUCUGACCUAUUGCCUCAAGAUCCAGAGGCGAGAACACUUAUCGUUGGUGUCGCUAUCGCUACGUAUUACGCGGUUUCUGCGUGGAGCCAAGUUCUUAUAUGGCCUGCUGUUCAGGCCCCAUACUAUAAAUAUGGUUGGCAGUCGUCGAUCGCAUUUUGGAUCUUAGUCAUUAUCAUGACAUGCACUCUUCGAUACAUCGAUCUUAAGUAUCUUCUGUAUGGCAUCUUUUCUAGUACCUAUCAAAGUUGCGGUUACUAAUUUAGAGCGUAGUCCAAAGCGAGAAGCCUUCCGCGCCGCUCUGAUUGAAGGGUCAGAACCAGUGGGGCCAGAAUUGGCGGGUUCCGAGCAAGAUCCGGAUGACGAUCCUAGCACACGGAAGUCGAUAUGAAGAUCGAGGAUGAGUACCUAAACAUUUGUCACCUAAUAGCUUCAAGAGUCGAAACCGGCGAAGAAGCUAACUUCUUUCAACUCGAUCCCCAUUUUCGCAACCCUUUCCUCCCGUCAUUUGACUUAUUACCUAGGUGUGUUAUGCAUAGACAAUGAGUAGAUCACAAGCUUGCAUGAUAGAAUUAGAAAUCAUUGGCCAGAGUCAAUAGAACAUGUCUUCCAUUUAUGCGACACGGCAGAAUCCGGUUCAAUAGGGAUUGUGAUCCGUUAGAUUUACAGGCUGGUCAGCAGUUCCCGUACAUAAGUUCCAGACAUAAACAGGAUGAUCUGUGGUACUAUAGAAAAUAUACAUGUGUUGUCUGCA